AUGCCAGAUCCUAAAACUACUCCUGCUGAAAAUGCAGAUCCUCAGUUACAAUUAGACAAGCAUAAAGUGGACUACGCGCCCAAGGAUAGCGGUACAGGUAAUUUCAAAUUCUACCCCGACAAUCCGGAAUCUAGCUUCAACAAGUAUAGGUUCGCUGCUAAAGAUGCCAGCCAGUUUUAUGAUCCAUGUCAGGAAUCUUCAAAGAUGAGCAUGAAAUGUUUGGAGCUGAACAAUUACGACAAGUCAAUGUGUCAGGAAUAUUUCGAUGCGUACAGAGAGUGUAAGAAACAAUGGCUAAACGCCAGAAGGAAUAACAGGAACCAGUGGGAGUGA